AGCAGUACCAUCCAGCAAUGGAAAUGUCGGCUUCCUUCAAAUGGAUCUCUCGAUAGUAUCAUGUCACCAACGGUCGAUCCCGAUGGAAUUCCCGACGGCGGAUAGUGAUAUAAUCGAAGAUAAUCUCCUAGCUCCACUAACGGAUCAUCAGAGUUUGCAGCGAGUUAAGUAUUCCAUCAGUAUAUUCCGAGGUGAUUUCAAGCUAAAAUCCGACUACGCUGUUCAAGUUUCUUUUGGUGGAAUUGUGGCCAGAACUAAAACGGCACAAAACAGCACAACCAACGAAUGGAAUGAAAAGCUGGCUUUUGUUGGCACAUUUCCCUCACUGUCGCAAAUGUUUGUUUUCGAUAUUGUUAUCAGCGAGUGUUGUCACAGACGAAGCCUAGCCUUCGUAGAACUACCAUUUUUCAAGCUAUCGAAACAGAUUGACAGCGUUUACACACUUCCAACGUUUGGUCCAUCCUAUUUAUACUUCUACCAUGGCCAUCAAAACUCAAAGUAUACAGGCCGUGUGUUGCUUUCCAUAUCCACUGAAAUCCUCCACAAUCGAUCAGAUUCGCCACGGAAGUGUCACUCGACUUCGAUCUCGACCUCGCUGGACACUGCUGCAUAUUGGACGGAGGAAUGUUUUCUAAUGAAAUUAGUUAUCCUGAAUGUAUUAGUUUUCGAUGCAUCUAAACCGACGAAGAUCAAAAUCACUUUAAGUUGUAUAGGCAAGGACUCUAACACUGCAGAGCUAACAAUGGAUGAACUGCCCCUAUCGAAAGUUCACCUUGCCAGUUUCAACGAACUAGUCCAACACCAGCGGCCAGUUCUAACAGUCAAAUACCAAUGUCCCGAUUUUCGCUGGAAGCUUCAGACUAUGAUGGGUCUGCACCACGCAUGGAUACUCUGCAAGGAUUUACUAGCGAAAUAUGAUCUUUUUCGAAUGGAUUGCGGCACAGACAAUUCAGAUGUCCUAAAAACUGCAACCGCUGCAUUGCUAAUUGAUAUUGAUGAAAAUCUGAAGAAAUCUGCAAAAAUAAUUUAUACAAAAUCAGACAAAAGAUCUACAGACUGGGAUCACAAGUGGGUGCUGCAUGUUACUGAACAAAUUGAUAAUCUCACGGCAUCAACCGAACACCUAAAACUGUCAAUUAAACAAGUUUCCACUCCAGACGAAAUCCAAUCCAUUCAUAGCAAGUUAAUCAUUUUGUUAGAAUCUUUGAAGAAAAUAACCCAUGACGACCAAAACACAUUUCCCGAGUGUCUUCUAUUCAUACGUCAUUCAAAAGGACGCGGAAGUUGCAAACAAACGACUGCGAAAGGAUGCAUUCCAAGUUGUAGCAAAACCCAUCCCGAUGCUCUUUGCCGAUUGAAUACUAUUGAUUAUAUGCACAAUCCAGCUGCGUCGAGCAAUACAAGUACUAAAGUAGCCACUGACAUGCAGUGCCCCAAACGAUGUUCGUUAUUACUGAGGCCUUUCCGCUGCCAGCAUUCCUGCGGGCCUGAGUGGUGUGGAUGUGUGUACGCCAAACUGGAUGCUGCAGUCUGGGUUGGAACGGAACAAGAUGCUGCCGAAUGGGACAAACAGCAAAAAUCGGCACCACUAUUCAAUAAUCAGGACAUAGUUCAAUGCCACCAAUCCCCUCACCCAAUGAAAUGCACCGUCAAUGUGCACCAAGCAAAGAUUCAGGCUGGAUUCGAUACCAGCGGACUGAGUGAUCCCAAACUGGUAGUGCUGUUUGAAAAUGUUGAGAUGGUCACAUCGGUGAUUCCGCGGACACUUUCUCCUGUGUGGAACGAGAUCAUUGAAUUUCGCAACGUUAGGUUGAUAGAGUACAAUGACUGCUUUAUGUCAACGGACUUCAGUGUUAUGCUGAUUUUGUUAGAUGAAGAUAAACGAAUGUGUUUCCAGAGAACUGACGAAAUCAUCGGCAUCGGUUGGGCCCAAGUCGCCAUCAUCCAGAAUAGCACAACAUCGGACAAUGGCGAUAUCAUCAAUAAAGGUGUUCAUCGUAAUCCUGCCUGUACAGCGCUCUCGCUGAGGGAUGAAUCGUUAAUAGCUGAUAACAAACAAGGUGUGAAAACAUUUCCCAAGGUUCUACAGCAAAAAGAUGGGGAAAAAUCGGCCACCGACCUGUGGAUGAGGUUCAAUAACCGCAGAGACUCUGUUUUACGAUGGAUUGGAGUAUUCCGGAAUGGACAGCAUACGGCUGAUAUACUAAUGUCUAUUCAAAUAACACAGAUGGAGCAUUGCGACGCAAAGAAAGUUAUAAUAAAUUUAAUUCCGGGAAUUCCCAAAAGCAUACGUCCGAUAACGAGUAUGUUCAAUAUUGAAGUACUGUUCGGAGGGUUGAGAGGUUUCGAUAAAUGCAAACUCGCCAACGUGGGGAGGUUUCGAGUUCAAAUAACUCUUGGGGAACUGAAACUAAUGAGUGGGCUAUCAAGCAGGAGUUUUGGCCAAUCCAUUAAUUUUUUGGACUCCUACACAAAAGGAUCCCUGAUGCUUCCUACAAAACUAGAAUACUGGCCACCGUUGAUUAUUCACCUAAUAGAUUGUUCUCGAAUAAACGUAGAUCGGGUGGUAGCUGCGAACAUAAUCGAAACGCCAAAAUCGUUUCUCCUAACCGAGAAUUCUGCAUUGAUUCAAAAUUAUUUGGUUUGCAACACUGGCACUGAUCAUAUAAUGGAGACAACACCAAUUGAUGCAUUUUCAAAUCCAGAAGAACAUCCGCUGAUUGAAAUAUCGGGAAGAAAAUCGUCCUUGACCAAUAAGAUUAGACCGGCACUGCUAACUAUCAAAGGGAUCGUUGAGGCUAAACUUAAACUGGCCGCUGACAAAAGGAAACAUUCAGAGAAUGAUACCUACAGGCGGGGCUCCCUAGAGGCAGAGUACACAUGGUGGACAAAGUUUUAUAACAGUUGCAGCUCCCAGCCGUCCGAUUACAAGCAUAAGUUGAAGAUUUAUCCCUGUGAACUCGAGAAAAUUGCAGAAUUUGAGCAAUUUCAAGACUGGUGUACAACAAUGCAAUUAUUCAAGAAAACCAGCCAGAAUCCUUUGAAGCUGACGAAACCUUAUUGUAGUAUUAAAUGUAAAGUAUGGAUAAAAGCAUCAAGUGGAGGUAUAUUACCAACUCAACAGUCGAAUCCACUGUCCAAUAUGUUUUUACGUUCCUUACCAGCCCUAUCUACGGAGACCCAAAUAAUGGUAGUGGUGUACGUCAUUCAAGGAUUAAACCUACGAUCCCGCGAUAUUUUCAGCCUUUCGGAUGCCUACAUCAAACUGGAAUAUGGUAAAGAAAAAAUUGUUGACCGACCGAACUAUGUCAAGGAUCGUUCGAAACCGGUAUUUGGCAGAAGAUUUGUGCUGCAUGGUCGGCUACCCAGAGAUCAGAUCAUGAAAAUAUCCGUUGUUGAUCGGGACACGUGUUCAUCGGAUGAUUUGAUUGGAGCAACGACGAUAGACAUCGAAGAUCGUUACCGAAGUCGCCACUUCGUUUCAAUGGGUGUACCCGAAGAAUUCAAUUGCACAGGAUACAAUUCGUGGAGGCAUCCAUUGAAACCCAGCGCCCUGCUUGAGCAAAUUUGCAUUAAUAGUGGUUUAAUUGCGCCCAAAUACGUAGGAAAUGUAAUUCAAUUAGCUGGGAUCACCUUUCACGAUGACAGCACAAUAUCAAUCACCGAAAAUCUUCGUGAACGAUUAGCAUUAAAUGUUUUGAAAAACUUCCACCGAAUACCCGUUCUGGGAUGUCAUAUUGUUCCAGAGCACGUGGAGACCAGAUCAUUGUUUCAUCCAGAUCAUCCGGGAAUUGAACAGGGCAAACUUCAACUGUGGAUAGAGAUUUUCCCUGCUGAAAGUGUUCCUACUUUGGUGAAUAUUACUCCCAACCCGCCGAAGCCGUACGAGCUUCGAGUCAUUGUUUGGAACACUCUAGAUGUAAUUUUAGAUGAAAAGAACAUUUUCGGAACAAAAAUGAGUGAUAUUUAUGUGAAAAGCUGGCUUCAGGAUGUAGAAGAAUCUCAGUUCACCGACAUCCAUUACCGGUCGCUAGAUGGCGCAGGAAACUUCAACUGGCGAAUGGUUUUUCCACUCAAUUAUUCCACCGCUGAAACCAUGAUGGUAGUAACGCGUAAGAAAACUUUCUACGAGCAACUUGACACCGAGGAAAAAGUUCCCCCGUUGCUCACGGUUCAGGUGUGGGAUAAUGAUCUAUUCUCGCGAGAUGAUUUUCUAGGAACAAUGAGCCUGAAUCUGGCGCAUCUACCUCGACCAGUAACUAAUCCGCAAAAGUGUAUUAUUGAACCGACUACUACGACAAAACACCCAUAUGUCAAUCUUUUUCGAGUGGAUAAAAUUCGUGGUUGGUUUCCGAUUGUUGGUAAAAAGGACAACAAAAUUGUACAAACGGGUAAAGUAGACCUAGAACUGGAGAUACUCACAGAGGAGGAAGCCCUUUUAAGGCCGGCAGGGAGAGGAAGGAAACCACCCCAAAGCUUACCUGUGCCUGACCGACCGGACGCAUCGUUCAAUUGGUAUCGUAGCCCACUCAAAUCAUUCCGGCUGAUCCUGUGGCCAUGUGCUCGCAAAGUUCUCAUCGUCGGCUUCGUAAUAGCACUCAUCGCACUCGCAUGCUACGCAGUGAUAACUGCGUUGCCCGCCUCAUUCGUCACCAAUGUAUUCGCCAGAAAGGCUUCCCUUGAUCGAACAGUCCGAACGGGAGCAGAAGAAGAGUGA